AUGCGAAUAUUUCACCGUUGCAGAUUCAGAUCUUUGGCAAAGAACAUCAAACAAUGUGUACCAAGUGGAUCGAAAGAAGUACCCGCAUCCUUUGACUGGAGAAAGAGUGGUGCUGUAACAGAAGUGGGAACCCAAGGGAACUGUACAUCAUGCUGGGCAUUCACUGUCACGGGGGCAUUGGAAGGUUUUUAUAAAAUUAAAACUGGAAAAUUGGUACGACUAUCGCAACAAUUCCUAGUCGAUUGUUCCGACUAUACCCAAAACGCAAAAAAAGUAGAAGACAAAUGUAAAAUAGGCAAUCAUCCACCAUUGGGAUUGGAGUUUGUACAAAAAAACGGCAUAUGUCUAGCGGAUAGUUAUCCAUACACUGCCAAGAGCGGUAAAUGCGACAAAAGCAUAAAACUCACCAAAUUUUAUGCAAUUAGAGAUAUUAGGCAGGUUAAGAUUCUUGAUGAAGAAGCAAUGAAAGAAGCACUAUAUUCGAAUGGACCAUUGGUUGCUGGCAUGUAUGUUCUGGACGGAUCGACCGAUUUGUACGCAGGAGGCGUAUAUUAUGAAGAAAAUUGCUUGAAAGGGGAUUAUCAUGCAGUACUCAUCGUUGGAUAUGGCCAUGAUGAAAAGUACGGAGAUUAUUGGAUAAUAAAAAACAGUUGGGGCACAGGUUGGGGCGAAGAUGGGUAUAUGAGAUUAGCUCGAAAUAGAAACGGCCAUUGUGGUAUUUCAUAUACAGUUUACUUGGUUAAAUGAAUGUCCGAUUCGAUGGUUUUUUUCCAGAGGUUUUUCACCUCUGUACAUGAAACCCAAUUUAGGAUAAUUCUCACUUGUAAAUUUACUCUUACGACAAUGUAAAAUUAACAAAAACUUUCAAAUGAAACUCGAGUUUAAAUUCGUACUGGUUUUUUCUUUAUAGUUUUGUGUUCAACCGCCACAUCUAUUUGUUGCUUUGUUCUGAAAUUCGUUGAAUAUGAGAUUACUGGAUUCAGUCGACGACGAAAGGACUAUUCAUUCCUUCCAUAUGUAUUGAAAUGAUGAUACCUUUCUGUGAUGUUUACACUUAUUUAUUGUAAAUUCAUUUUGUUCUUUGUUAAAGCCAUCCACGAGUUG